AAAAAAAAAAAAUUGGGCUAAAGUGCAUCAAUUCCUGUGUUUUGGAUCAUUCCUUUCAAUGCAACAGCCGAAGCUCACCCAAAUUUUAACAGGAAAGUAGCAAUUAAAAUCUCAAGAAGAUAUCGUUACAACGAUUGAUAUACAAAUAUUUUACGGAAAAUAUGAUGGAAUUAACCUUCUCACUUCGCCCACAGUUGUAGGGUGUCCAAACCACCAAUAGGCACUAACUACUCUCUCUGUCAGCACAAAUACAAUGGUGGCAGAUUGCACUGUUUCUGUUAUCCUUCAAAAGCUUCAAGCAGCACAUGGCGUUAGGUAUAUGUGCGUUUCUCAUGACGAGACAUAAACUUGACCUCUUCCAUGGCUUGACUGCUUCUUCACUUAACCACCCCAUCGGCUUGGAAGCCCUCGAUUGCUCCGGUAUGCUCAAACAACAAUCUUAUAUAAGAAAAUCAUCUUCACUUACAGUUCCACCAUCUACAGAGUAGAAGAUGGCCAAGCACUUAGUUUUCUGUUUGGUGAUGCUUAAGCUUUCCAUCGCAUUUGCUAAUGUGCCAAACACCUUGAACGAAACAUGUCUCGAUGACAUUGAUAUCGUGCUGCAGAUUAACUUGUAUAAGAACAGCUGCCCAGAGGCAGAACCUAUCAUCUUCUCUUGGGUUCAAAAUGCGGUAUCCGAGGACUCCAGGAUGGCAGCUUCGCUGCUUCGUCUUCAUUUCCAUGAUUGCUUUGUUAAUGGUUGUGAUGCUUCAGUGUUAUUGGAUGAUACUGAGGAUUUCAUCGGUGAGAAAACUGCACCACCAAACUUGAAUUCUCUGAGGGGGUUCGAAGUGAUCGAUGCCAUUAAAGCUGAACUUGAGUCUGUUUGCCCUGGAAUUGUUUCUUGUGCUGAUAUUCUUGCAACGGUUGCCAGAGACUCUGUCGUUCUAGCAGGGGGUCCUAGUUGGGAAGUCGAGAUGGGCAGGAAAGACAGCUUGGAUGCUAGCAAAGCAGCAGCCACAAACAACAUUCCAGGCCCAAAUUCCACCGUGCCAACACUGGUUGCCAAGUUCCGGAACGUUGGGCUCUCGUUCAAUGACAUGGUUGCCCUCUCCGGUGCUCACACGAUGGGAAUGGCUCGAUGCUCCACGUUUAGCUCAAGACUUCAAGGCUCAAACGGUCCAGACAUCAAUCUGGAUUUCCUCGAAACUCUGCAGCAUUUGUGCUCGGAAUCAGACAGCAACACCAGGCUUGCACAUCUCGAUCUAGCGACCCCAGCAACAUUCGACAACCAGUACUACGUUAACCUUCUUUCCGGUGAGGGAUUGCUACCGUCCGACCAAGCCCUAGUCACUCAGGAUUACCAAACUCGCCAGCUUGUACUCUCCUAUGCUGAGGACCCUUUAGCUUUCUUCGAGGAUUUCAAGAAUUCUAUGUUGAAAAUGGGAAGCUUAGGGGCACUCACUGGGAAUGAAGGCGAGAUUCGUAGGAAUUGCAGGAUCGUGAACUAAUGAACUUCGAUUGCCUAGAAAGUUACGGUAGUUAAGUUUCUACUCCCAUGUUCGUCACUGUUGUCACUAUAGUAACCUUAGCAUUGAGUCAAAUUAAACCCUGGAAACCCUUCCCCAGAUUGGUACCAAGCCAUCGGGAAUUGAACUCCAGGAGUUCUAUCUUUGAUCCUCAUAGAAUUUUAAAAAGGGUGUGCUAAUUUGGAACCAAAACAAAGCUCUAAUCUAAGCAUCUGAUUAUGGCCACUAAUAUUAUGUUACACAAA